AUGAUAAAUACUGACGACACUCAACAUUUGAAUGAAAAUUUACCGUCAUCAUCAUCUCCUUGUACUAAUGGAAAUUGUACAAAUGAAAUUUCAUCAUCAAUCACUCCAAAUACAUUUCCUAAUUCAUUUCUUAUUAUAUUAAUUUUAUCAGUAUUAUGUAUCCUUGGUGUUUGUUUUAUGAUAUUUGGUCCAUUACAACGAUCAGAAGCACAUAAACGUAUAGAAAACUUUACAUUUGGUCGUCAUCCAAUAUUUAAUGUUGAUCAUCGUAAACAAUCAACAAGUACACGUUACGAUGAAUCAAUGGAAUUUUCAUCUAUAUAA